AUGGAGUCAAGGAAAGCAUCAUUUAGUAAAUCACAAACAAAUAUUGGACAAAAAAUGGAAAGUCAUAAAGGCAUUCUUAACACCUUACAAUCAUGUUGUAUUAUUCCUAAGAGAUAUAUAUUUUCAAUAAUGGCAAUGUUUGGAAUUUUGAAUGUGUUCACGAUGAGGGUAAGCCUCAAUAUAGCGAUAACACAAAUGGUUAGACAUGUCAAAACCGUUGGAGGGCACUUCGAUCCUGAUGCGUGCCCCAGUGACGAUGUAGUAGGAAAUAGAACUAUAGUUUUAAAUCCACAUGCCGUAUUUGAUUGGGACGAGCGAACACAGGGCCACCUUUUAAGUGGCUUUUAUUAUGGAUACGCCACAACGCAAUUUUUGGGAGGAUAUUUAGUGGAACGUUAUGGUGGAAAAUGGACAAUUGGUCUUGGUCUUUUAAGCACAUCAAUAUUUACCUUGCUUACACCGGUUGUAUUAAAAGUAGGCGGUGAAACUUGGUUAUUUAUUUUGCGAGUACUUCAGGGUAUGGGUGAGGGUCCAACGAUGCCUGGUUUAACGUUUAUGAUGUCGAGAUGGAUACCUCCAGAAGAGCGAGGGAUCCAUUCAGCUUUGAUUUUUGGCGGUGGUCAAAUGGGAAACGUUUUAUGUCCACUUUUAUCUGGUAUCUUGCUAUCUGAUGGACGAGAUUGGGCGUAUGUGUUUUAUUUCUUUGGGAGUUCAGCCUUAAUUUGGUUUAUUUUUUGGACUGUACUAUGCUAUAGCGAGCCAAACACUCAUCCAUUUAUUUCAAAAGCGGAAUUAAACCAUUUGAAUAAGGUUGUUAUAAGAUCUGAACACAAAAAUUGUAAAGAUACCGUACCAUGGAAAGCAAUUUUACGGUCACCACCCACGUGGGCUCUUUUAGUUUCACAUGUUGGUCACGACUGGGGUCUGUAUACGAUGAUAACAGAUCUUCCAAAAUACUCUUAUGAUGUACUAAAGUUUAAUAUUACUGAUACUGGACUACUCUCUGGAUUGCCAUAUGCAGCUAUGACUCUUUGUUCAUUUCUGUUCGGAUAUAUUAGUGACCUAUGCAUUGAAAAAGGUUACCAUAGUGUAAAAACCGGACGCAUACUCUAUACAACAAUUGCCGCAGCUGGUCCAGCUAUUUGUAUAAUACUGGCUUCAUAUUCAGGAUGUGAUAGAAACGCAGCAAUGAUUUAUUUUAUAAUAUCUAUGGGACUUAUGGGUGCUUACUACAGUGGAAUGAAGAUUAACACACUGGAUAUCGCACCAAACUUUGCUGGGAGUUUAACAUCAUUGAUAAAUACAUCAUCGACGUUCACUGGCAUAAUAUCACCAUUUCUAAUAGGUCUCUUGACUCCAGAUUCAACGUUAGUCCAGUGGAGAACUGCGUUUUGGGUGUGCUUUGCUAUGUUAAUGAGUACCAAUUUGGUUUAUUGCUUAUUCACGGAGACGGACCAGCAAUGGUGGGAUGAUGUGAGGAAAUUCGGAUAUCCAGAAGACUGGAAACAUGGACCUAUAGUCAAAGAUGAAAUCAAAAAUUCGGAAGAAGAACAGUUGAAUAAAUCUAGAGAUAAGGAACUUAAUAGCAUUAUAUCUAAAUAG